UUAGCGUUGACUGGCUUCAUCAUCUCCUCGCUCCAGGUCACCGAUCUGUUUGAUUGCUCAUUUGCAUGUCUACAGGAAAAUCACUGUUUAUCUUUUAACUUCAAGCAGAUUCCAGACCCCUUUCAUCUUUGCCAAUUGAGCUCUGAGAGAAAUGAUACUAAGCCUGGAAACUACCAAGUUGAAGCUGGUAUGACGUACUAUGAUGCCCACAAGGUAAGAAUGAAAAAAAAAAUAUAUCAAAAUAUUAACUGUCGAACCUUGUCCACCACGGGUUAGCGAAAACUUCGUGUAAGCUGACUUGGACACCCCAUUAAGGCGGUAAAACAGACGAAAAUGUAGUCUGGGAACACAGACGUGUUUCCGGUCGUCGCUUCUCUCCACUCGAAAAGUAACUUUUUGGGUGGAGAGAAGCGACGACCGGAAAUACGUCCCUGUCCGCAGGCUAAUGAAAAGGGCACCUCCCGCACACUGCGACCUCUCGUAAGCUGCUUUAGACACUUCUCUCGCCUCCUUUUGAGCGGUCAAUAAAACAGAUCAAAAUUACACUGAAUUUAUACUGUUUUAUGACUUAUUUUCAAUAUUUUUCGAGUUUGUCUAAUUCCGUGGCUCCUUUUUGUAUAUCAGAAUGUGUUAUUUAUACCUUCCUUAAAUGUCUUGAAUAUUGAUUAUUUAUACCUUCCUUAAAUGUCUUUGGAGUUUUUAUCAGGAAGUCAGAACAACGUUACUUAAAGCACCGUUUGUUUGUUUGUUUUUUUUUUCAUGUCAAAGCCACAGGAAGGUCCCGGAUGUGCAUCGUCGCCUUGUCUCAACGGCGGGAAAUGCAUCAGCACUUGUUACAAUGUUCCAGUCAGUUACCGAUGUGAGUGCGACGAGCCACACUUUGGUGACUUGUGUCAAAACUGGAAAGGUAAGCAUUAAAAUAUAGAUAUUGAAGUAUAAUAAUACGUUAAUACGUUAAUACGAUCUGAUCGUAUUAACUUUACAUAUACAAGGUGAUCAUGACCUCGUGGCUGUCUUAUAGCUUGCUGGUUUUUGAGACAAAUGUGCAGUUUUUUUUAUUACACAAGACAAGACAAGAUAAAAUCUGCCAAUACAAGAAAUCAUGAACUACAAAACCAUAUCAUGAUCUUUUUAUCUUAAAGGCGAUAAUGGUAAAUUUUGAGUGGAAGUGAUCACUGUUAUUUUUUGGAAUGCAAUAGUGACCGAAGAUUUCCUCACAGCAAGCAAUAAUGACAUGAAGCUUGUCGAAACUCGAACUUUGCAAUUUGCUAGUCUAAAAUUGUCGUAUUGUUUUAUUUGAGGGAAUAAACAAACUCGGGAGAGAUUUCUCGUAUUUGGAAAAUUUAAACAUUAAUUUUGUUUGCCUCCUGAAAGACCAGGUUUCGCUUACAUCAUUAAUUGAAAAAAAAAAGCGCGUGCAAAGAUGGCGGGUAUCAUCGUGAAUAAGGUGUAUUACGAGCACAUGUUACAGGGUUCCAAAAUGUACACCUUUUACUAUAUUUUGUAACAAAAUUGCAUUCAAUGGUAGCGAUUGUGUUUUCAUUGCAUUGUUUUCUCAGACAGCUAUGAUUUGACAUUCCAAACAAAGAGCUUGUCGAACUAUGUCAACAGCACUACGAUAACUUGUAGCCUUUCAGCGUUCACCCUGUGUAUCUGGUUUCAAACCAGUCAAGCAGGUCAGUUUGGCCUCGUAGCUGGACUUGUGGCUAUCAACUGUGAUGAAACUGGAGAGUGUUCUUUUUAUGUUAAAGGAAGCAAGAGGUGAGAGCGUUUUUAAAAUGACUAGCUAAUAAAUGCUUGGAUGAGUAGGGAAAUGAAAUUUACUUCAGUUUAACAAAUUGAUUUCGUCUUAAAUAAACUGACGAGUGCCUUAACGGUCUUAAACUUAAACUUGCUUUUUUGACAGACUGACUGGCUGACUUGUUCACUCACUAGGUCACUCAUGUACGUGACUUUUCUAUUGACUGACUGACUUACCAGACUCCCGGGGGGGGAAUACUCCCUUAUAAGGGCUUAAUAGGGACGUGCGGCCAGCCAGGGUAUGUUUUUCGGGAUUUUUGUCUUAAACAGGGUAUCGAUUUUAUCAUUUUUUGUCUUAAUCAGGGUAUCGAUUUUAUCAAUUUUUGUCUUAAACAGGGUAUCUUUUCUUGGACGAUAAACAGCCUGCGUGACUCUGUUGAUCAAGCUGUAAAUAAUUUUGUGAUUGCCAAUGGCUUAAAUAAGAAAGAGUUUUGAUAUUUAUUAUUGUCUUACACAGGGUAUGGUUUCGGGUUAAAUGUCUUAAACAGGGUAUCAAAAAUCGGAAUUCUGUCUUAAACACUAGGGUCAGGGUAUGAGGGGCCGGGCCGCACCUCUCCACCCAAGGAUAUAUCGAGUACCCCUCGGGCCAGAAUUGUGUUGCAUUGACUCGACCUACUUGAAUGACUGGCCACUUUGUUAAUUAUAUCAACUUAUAUUGUACUGAUGGACCUACUGUUGGAACCUUUUCCCCUUCCUAUCUGUCUGCUUGGCUAACCGACGACUAAAGAGUGCCUUGCCGGCUGACUAGUGCACACCGUGUCUUAAGCUAUACUGGCUUUUAAAACGAGCAACAUUGCUUUUCAACUUGUUUUGCAGCAAUGUUGCAACAAGUUGCACGUUUUUGCCCCCUGUUUUACCGUAACUUUACUUACUGGCUGACUGAUUGUUGAUUAACCUUUGAAUGACCAAUCUCCUCUCUUUACGCGGCGGGCUGGCCGUAUACAUAGUGAAAUGACAAAAUGGCGGAAAAGGAUGUCUACAAUGAGGUUGUGUAAUAGUAGACUGGCUGACUUAGUAGCCUGGUAACCUUCAGAUUGAGUCAAAAUGACUGACUAACUGACCAGCCGACGAGUUGCUUCAUCGUUCGAUUUUCACGUUAUUUUAAAAUGCACAAACAAAAUUAGAGCACGUGCGCAUUGGUCAAUCAUCUGUUUUUGAUAGUUUUUAUUUAAAAAAGAUAACAUUUGGUAUUUUGUGUUCUAGACGGUUCUAUGGGGCUCCGUUGAAUGACGGCGCGUGGCACUGCUUGUGUGUCACUUGGCAAAGCUCCGGUGGUGCAUGGUCAGUGUACGUCGAUAGACAAACCAAUCCCAGACGUUCUGGUACUAAAUUUAGGAACAAUCACGUUCUCGAGUUUCAUGACGAACAAUUGGUGCUUGGUCAAGAAAUUCAAGAUGAUGCAUUUAAUGUAAAUCGGGCUUUCAUGGGAAAUAUGAGCCGCGUUAACAUGUGGGAUUAUUCCAUGUCUGAAAAUGAGAUACAAAUAGUAGGCACAAACUGCUCUACUCCAGUGGGAAACGUUCUUAAGUGGCGGGAUUUCUGGAAAGGCUUGAGAGGAAGCGUGCAUUUGUCAGGGGAAUCGAAAUGCACUGGAGCAGGUGAGCCAGCAUUACUAUCAUCUAUCUGGAUAAUUACAGACGACAGGGGAAUUCGCUUUUUCGUGACUACGUAAGACUUUACCGAAUGUCGAAGGCCUGUGUAGGAAAAAUAGAACCAAGUAUUGAAUUAAAAAAUCAACCUACAAAGACACUGAGCCGCCUUUUCUCACUGCUUUUUGAGGAGACGUCUUAAGGUUUAAUACGCAAAACAACUCUCUGCACGUGCAUCACGCUUUUUUGUACAUUUCUUUGCCUUCACUGGAGUGACUGCACAACUACGACGUGAAAUGACCAAAUCUUAAGUUUACUUGGGAACGGGAACGGCAAGGCGAUAAGUUCUACCAUCUCUGUCCGAACUUGAGCGCGUUCCCCUCUCUUCAGCUCCAGCCAAAAUCCCCUUCCUUUAAGCAACAGGGCGAAUUGGGAUAAUCGCGAAAAAGUUUAAAAUGAUUCAUGCGUUUUCAUGGACGUCGUCGUUGCCGGAUCGUAAGAUCCCUAAUGGCAUAUAAACGAGUAAGGGGUUGGACCUCCCUUGUUAAAAACCUUUCUUGAGCACUCUCCUGCAUGGGGUCUCCUCUGCUAACUAUCCCAAUAAAACUUGGCCUAUGGAUCGUAAUGAUCCCGCCGGAAAAGAGGAUGAGUUGGAAUCGUUUCCCUACUAAUUUUGUUUGUGUUCGUUUUUUUUUUUGGUUUUGUUUUGUUUUGUUUUUUUCGCUGUCUCCCAUUCCACUGUUUCGAAACUCAGUAUCGAUUGUGAAUGGUGUCGAAACUUUCACGACGUCACCAACUGGAAUAACAAAUCUAUUGGUGUAUAUUUAACAAUUAUUCCUCGAGCCCGGGCUAUUGACUCAGAGGCCAUGAGGGCGAGAGGAAUAAUUGUUUCAGUAACAUCCAACUAGUUUGUAAAAAAUAUCGAGACAAAACAACUUUAGCUAGCAAAACGCGAUUCACCCGCCAUUGUUUUGGUUUUCAAAGCCGGCGCUUUUCGCUACUAGUGGGCUAUAACAUAUAGCCUUGUAUAGUAGCUCAACCAAUCAGAACGCAUUGGUAAUAGACCACUAGUUGGAUUUUACUAAAUAGACAUAGCCUUUGCAUAUAUAGAUAAAGCUUGUGAAUACAGCUCCUUCACUUAACAAAACGUUCCUCAUGUUAAAAUAAUCGUACGUUAUGGUAAUGUUAUGAACUGUCCUCUUGUUCUUUCUUUUUGUUUUUGCUUCAAGACCACUCUUCCUUCGUUUCGUUGAAUUUUACCAGCCUAUCAGAUAUGAAUUACAUUCUCUAUCCUGGGUCGCUACCGGACAUCCAGCACUUUACGUUGUGUUCAUGGACCAGACUCAGACUCAGACCAGACUCAAUGGAUCAGUUUGCUACCCUGCUCAGUUAUGCCAACAGCGAUCAUAACAACCAAAUAGUUAUUGUCUUCAGAAAAGAAACAGGAGUGAUGGUGUACAUUAAUAAUGAUAAUCGGUAAGUAAGACAUUGUGCAGCUUACAUAACCAUCUUGCGUGAUAAGAGGGUCCCCAAUAGGGUUUUUCUAUCCCGUGAUCCCGACCCAAAAUUUCGGGCAAUCCCGUAAUCCCGAGGGUUACUUUUAGCAUCCCACCUCCCGCGCAUACUUUCAAUCCCGAAUCUCGCCCCGAUUUCGCUUUAAAAUCCCGAAUCCCGAGCCUCAGAUAAGGGAAAUCCCGCAUCCCAAAAAACUUAUUGGAGACCCUCUGAUAACAACUUUGGACUUAGAAAUUUCCAGCGUGUGUCUCAACAAGGCACACGCGUUCCACUUUUAACGGAACCGGUUUUUAGAACCAGUAAGCCACAUGAAAAAACGCGUUGGGCCAGGCCGGCGGAGGUCUCUCAUUUUCCUCUCCAUCUUCUCUUGAGAAGCCCUGGGAAGGAGUUUGCGUUAGCCCAGCUAGCUAGAGAGAUCCUGCCAACAGGAUUCCAAGUGGACAGGGUGAAAAAGAAAAUCGGCGAGCCCAGGUACUAGUUUCAAAUUUCUUAUACAUGAUUGGCUUGUUCGUUAGACCACAAACACAAAGGGAAAGGAAUGUAGUGCGGUUUUCAGCAGCCGUUUGUGGGGAGGAGCGUUGCGUGACGACUCUAAAAACGGCUGUGUAGCAGACUAAACCAAUCAGAACGCAGCAUUGAUAAUAGACCACUAGUUGGAUUUUACUAAGUUUAAAAUAGUUGUAACCUCUUGUAAAAGACCACCUAUCUAAAGUCCCGCCCUCGACCACUUUUUAAGAUACCUGCUUCAUAAUUUUUCCAUUGUUUUUAACGUCUUCUAAGGGACCACUUGAUACAGUGGUCCGAUCAUUGUGUUCACUGUUCGUACUGCUCUUCUCAGAGUAUGAAAAGAACGUGUGGAAACAACGUGGAUUUACGUAUAUUGUUACAUACAAAUUGCAAGCAAUACAUUCUCUCCAUAAAGUAGAUGUGUCGGUACCUCUUCUCAUAAGUGUCCACUUCCCGCAAGCGACCACUAAAUCUGUGGAUUUGGGUGAUCGCUUACUGGAGGUUCAACUGUAUUGGAUCAAUUUAGGUUUCCUGGAAACUGCCCACCUACCCCUCCCCUAAGCCAACAUUAACACUUAAUUCUCACUUAGGGCAAAAUGUUGGCUUAGGGGAGGGGUAGGUGGGCAGUUUCCCAGAAACCUACAUUGAUCCAAAUAUUUUGUGGCUUUGUAUAGAAGAAUCAUUUCUGCUCCCUUUCUCGACGUACAACAUUGGCAUCAAGUUUGCAUCACGUGGACAAAUAGUGGAGGAGUGAUCAAAGGUUUUAUCGAUGGUUUAUUCAAACGAGAACUUUCGGGCUGGCGCGACUCUUAUAUUAUCAAAGGCGGUGGGGCUUUGGUAUUUGGCCAGGAACAGGACGCAAUUGGAGGUGCGUUUGACGCAAAGCAGUCAUUUGCGGGGCUAAUGAGUCACGUGAACAUGUGGAAUUAUGUGUUACCUCCAUUUUCGUUGGUUGACAUGGCAACGGGAUUUGGUACAGAGAAAGGUAACCUGGUGGCCUGGAGUGAGAUCGUCAAGGCUCAACACCAUGGCGAAGUAGGAUUGGUACCCGUCGAAGAAAAUCCUCCAAAACGUAAGAUAAUAGGCCACUUCCGAGUUCCAAAAACCCUCACUUUCAAAAUGAGGUUAGGCGCACAACCUUUCUUGUGAAAAUGACUUUUAUUUGCAUGAGAAUGCGAAAUGAUCUCCAUAUCAAAGGCUGAGCACCUACCCUCGUUUUGAAACAGAGGCCCUGGCGAACUCGGAAAUGGCCUCAUUAAAACAUAAAUUCUCCUUAAAUCAAUGGAAAGGCUAUAGCCAUAUAAAGAGCCUUGUGCAAGUUGAAAGUUAUUAUAGCUUGCUGCCAUUGCCUAAUUUGUGGAGGUCUAGGAAGCCGUUCUAAAAAAGGUUGUAAAAGAAUAGUCAAUGCAGGAACCGUCCCCCGAGACAAUGAAAAUAUAUAGGCCGUUAAAAGAGUUUCGGCUGUGAAAUGUUUUCAGGUAAUCUCCUUUAACGAGAAACUCUUCAUGUUAAUAUUUCUUAUUAGAAACUAUGCCGGAUUUCAAAUUCGUCUUUCCAACUCGAAGCGUUGACAACUAUGUUGAGCUGACAAGUGCAGCAUCUGGCCUGAGUAUAAAGAAGAUAACAGCAUGUGUGUGGGUUAAAGUUGCUCAAGCUUCACCCAUGGCGUUGUUCAACUAUAAAACAUCGGACUCCCUCAACGCGCUGACGUUAACUGCCACUGAUACAGCUUCAUUUUCUUUUGCUGUCAGCAAUCAGUGGAAGUGAGUAUAAGUAAAGCUUCAUCUGUCAGGAGUUAGCUGUAUUUGUAAUACACUAACUCUUAUCCUAUGAGAAAUUAAGUAAAUGCCAGUUUUAUUAUAACACCAUGCAGGCAUCCACGAUCAGUAUCACACCCAUUUUCUUUUAACAAUAAUUAGGGAGAUCAAAUGGGGUCAGCACAAAGUAUUUAACUUUGGCUACCCAUCCUAAACAAUUUCAGCCACCCAAUUAAAACCUCUACGAGAUUCCCUCCCUUCUUUUUAAAGCCAGGAGAUUGGGUUCGAACUUGUUCCGACCAAAUGGAGGUAAGUAUAUUCACAAAUUCCUCUCAGGAGAAGACCUGUGUACAACUGUGUUUACUGUUUUGAACUCAAAUUCAGGCACCUUCUCGCCGGUAUUUGUGAAUAUUUUACUUUAGGUCGAGGCUAACCAGCCCUGUAUAAGUGAGACUUCAGGGCUUCUAUUCAGCAGCAGCGAAGAAUUCGAAUUGGAUUAAUAGUCCAGUGUUUUAGGACUGGCUUCUGAGAAUUGUACUCGGUCUGCUAACCAAUCUCAUUGUCCAAAUGAACUGAACAUACUUCUUAAGUAUCUCUUACUAUUAUUUAUUUACUUUUUUAGUACUAUUUGAAGAAAAAAGUUGUUAUUGAUAUGCAUGUGAUAGAGAAAACUUUUAUACGCCUUCGUGUUUCUUAAAGGAAACGAUUUCAAAAUAUAACGAGCAAAAUUUUUUCAAACCAAACGGCUCAAAAUGACAACAUCCUUUAGUAAUCGACCAAAUAAAAUGAAGACUUAGGGUGAACCCAAGGACACGAGAAAGCGUAUAGAAGUGUGUAGAGCGUUUUCAUUCAUGUGGCCUACAAUGCAAUAUGCAAUUUUUUCUAGAAAAAAGGAGAGCGCUUACAUAAGAAAAGAGUUUAACUCCCACUGCAGAGGAUUGGCUUGGUACACCAACAUGGCCGCGGUUUUAUUGUUUUAGAACACCAUUUUCGCCGGCGUGACCUCAAUUGAAAACGAUCUACUUAUCGGCAACGCGAAAUAGGCAGAUAAUUAAGAUGUGACACACUUAAGACAACUGCGGUCAUCAUCGAUAUCCUUUCACGGGUUUAUAACGAACCAAUUCAACGACCUGCUCCCAUGUUUGGCGAUGGCUUGUGAGCUCAAUUGGUAGAGCGCUGCACCGUUAUCGCAGGGGUCAAGUGUUCGAAUCCCGUACAAGCCUGAAUUUUUUCAGGUUCUCUUUUCGCAACUGCAAAAGUUGCGUCUAUAACUGCGAUGAUCUUCUUUCAUAUAAUUUCUUCACCCCGCAGUUUUCAUAUAUGAUUUUCAUAUAUUCAUAACUUAAUAAUCAUUUAAUUGUAUUUUGAUGAUUAGGACUGUUAGCUAUAGCGGUUUUCUAUCGCUAACUGGCUGGCAACAUGUCUGUUUUACAUGGGGAAAUGGAGGAAAUUGGCAGCUUUUUUUCAAUGGAGUAGCCGAGAAAUCUGGAUAUGAGAACCUGGCGGUUGGUCAGGUACAGUACACAGGAUGUAGAAGGCCUAAAUGUAAUAAAAGACCCUAAAUGUAAUAAAGUACUAAAUGUAAUAACAUUUUGUCCUAACUGUGAUAAACUCUUAAGUUGCAAAUUACAGUAAUUACCGUAUUUAUUCGAUUAACCGCCCUGGGCGCUUAUUAAAUUUUUGGACCUUGAGAGUGGGCGCUUAUUCGAGGUGGGCGCUUAUUCGAGGCUGGGCGCUUAUUAACUUUUUCUGCCUUUAGGAUGGGCGCUUAUUCGAGGUGGGCGCUAAUUCGAGGUUGGGCGCUUAUUCGAAUAAAUACGGUACUCAAAUAAGCACAGCAUUUGGGGAUUUAAUAAGCGCCGCGGCGCUUAUUCGCGGAAAAACGGUACUAAGAGGUAUUACCAUGGUUUUAAGCGCCACCCUCAAAUAAGCACCGCAUUUUGGGAGAAAAAAUUUAAUAAGCUUCGGUACAUUUCCUUAUGCACUGUGUAACUUGACGUUUACAAAUAAAUUGCUUGUAAAGGGACAAAAUAUUAACAAAAAAACUUUAAUCCUUAAAACGUUUUUCAUACUUCAUUUUUGUUAAGGAAAUUUACUGCAAAAACCGUGGACGAAGAUCGUGUUGCUUGUCAACGUUGGAUCUCUAGAAAAGAGAUGUAAUCAUGCAGCUAAAAUAUUAAGAACUAAAAACGAGAAGUCUAAGGGCCUGUUUACAUGGAGGUGGGGGACCCAAGGCAGAUGAGGUAACUCGCUUUGGUGGGUAGCCCGCCUGUCCACAUAAUCUCUCAUUUUAAUUUGAUCACGUUUACGUGAUAGGUGGGGUGACGUGCGGCAUGUUACCUCACCUAUCUGGGGUGCCCCCCCUCCAUGUAAACAGGCCCUAAGACUACUGUACAGCUGAUAACAACGUUUAUAAAUAACUAAGACAGUACGCGCGUGCUCUGAUUGGCCGAGAGAUGUGUUUGCAUGAGAGCAUGUAAACAUGUGUGGAGUCAAGAGUUUUUGCUCUUCGCGCGCUAAUCACACAGUUGAAAACUCGACAAAUUUACUUUAUUUACCCAUUCCCUCGUCGGUUGAAACUUGGAAAAUCUUUCCAAACAAGCUGUGCCAAUUUUUUUCGCUUAAGCUGACAUUUUAAGCGAGAAAAACCCUUUUUGGAAAGCAUCUUUAUUGCAAAACAAGAACUGAUUACACGUACAUUAAGCUUCGUGUACAAGACUUCGCGACUGGUGAGAAUUUUUCUUUUAAUCAGUAACCUAAACAAAGACUUUUUCCUUUUUCUCGGGAAAGUUAUUUUGUGAAAGCAAUAGAAAACUUUUUUCCUGUGUUUGCAUAGCCUGAUAUAAACACUCGAGGGGAUGGGAGAAUUCUUGACAGUUAUGCAAACCCGAGACGAAGUCGACGGUUUGCAUAACUGUCUCGAAAUAAAUAUUGCUUUUUUAGAAAAAUACUGUUACUUUGUUGUUUACAAGCAAUUUAUUUGUAAACGUUAAGUUUCACAGUGCGUAAGGAAAUGUAUCGAAUUUACGCGAAUUAGCGCCGCGGUGCUUAUUAACUUUUUUCUUAAAAAAUGCGGUGCUUAUUCGAGAGCGGUGCUUGAUACCAUAGUAAUAGCGCUUACUACCGUAUUUACACGAAUACUAAUUAACUCCCGCCUUAAAUGCGGCGCUUAUUUGAGGGCGACACUUAUUCGAGCAUAACUGUAAUUGGCAACUUGAGAGUUUAUCACAUUUAGGGCAAGUUGUUGUUGCAUUUAGGACUUUAUUACAUUUAUGACAAAAUGUUAUCACAUUUAGGACUUUAUUUAUUACAUUUAGGGUCGUUUAUUACAUUUAGGCCUUCUACAACUGUAAUGUAAACAGAAAAGUCUUUUAGUAAUAGAAAACGUUUUGUCAGCUGCUUCAGUCUAUAGCCCCGUAUAAACGUGGGAGGGUGUUGGGAAAAUUCCAUACAGUUGUGCUACCCUGAGACCAGUUUUUGGAAGGGUGCGGGUGUGUGUAGGGGAAGGGGGGUCCUUAUCCCUCAUUCCAGCGCCUUUUUCACCACUAUCCCGUAUCUCGAACUUCUGUCAUCUCUAUCCCGAGUACCGUUUCCUUUCCCAAUAUCGCAUCCCAUGUCAAGAUUUUAGCGAAUCCCGAUUCCCGAGUAGCGUUUGAAUCCCUUAUCCUAUCAAGAAAUUUUACGUUUUCCAGAAUCCCGCACCGUGUUUCGGUUAAUUCCCGUAUCCCGUCAAUACCCUUCCAGACCCUGCGAGGCUAUGUCGAGGGUUGAUAUCAUUUUCGAGAAUGAAGAUGAAGCGAACCCAACUGUGUACUGAUUGGCUUCCUUCUUGCAAGUGUGGCCGCUUUGUGCUCGCUAGAAAAUUGAAUAUUUUUAGCCAAAUAAUAGAUCCUCUAUUGACCCAGUUUGUUCGGCUUAGACCGUUUUGCGUUUUUGUGGAGCGAGUCUACGUCCGUAAAUACGCAAGCAUUAAAAGAACGCUACCAAAUCCAGCCGCAAUUCACACCACUCGACCUCGCGCUUUGUAAAUCUAUCUAUCGUUUUCGGGCGCACCCGCACCGAUUUCCCUCUGUUGGCCAUGACAGAUGCAAGAUCCUGCCUCGUAAGACCGGUGUCACUCUCUAAUUGGUCGAUGAAUGGUGUUGCUGGGCGUCCCCUUGAGCGUCUGCCGUGUUUGGUUCCCAGAGAAGUAGUUAGGAAACAGUCUCAUACUUGCUUCUCCAACAGUGGCCACUAAACUACAGCCGAAGUAUCUGGAGCCUUGGAGAAACUGGAGGCAGGUCCCCGUAGAGUUACUUGUUAGAUAGAUGAUCUUUCCAGCUUAAGUUUAAAGCAGCACGUAGAAGCCUUGUUUAGCAGCCAGCCAUCAAGAUGUUUUUUCCCGUGCAGUGGUUAAUGUCCCAACUUUCCGACCUAUACAAUAACGCACACUUAUUAUAUAACUUUGCCAGGAAAUUUCGUCAGGUGGCAAGAUAUUGCUGGGAGUAAGACACUCGUCCGCAUCUGAGUUCAAAUCAGGCGAAUAUUUCAUGGGUGAAAUAAGCCAUCUAAAUUUUUGGACAAAAAAGCUCGAUCAAGAUGAUCGCGUUAUUACUGCAAUGUACCGCGGUUGCGAUGCUACCGGUGGAAACUGGCUACACUGGAUGACGCUAUCCCAAGCUACAAUGGCGGGAAGCAUUACUAAGGCAACCCCAGCAGAGUGUAUUUUACCAGGUAGGUAACCGCCCCUCGAAAGAGGGUGAAUGAGGGAGGGAGGGGGAGAGGGGGGUUAAGAGACGGAUGACGUUUGAGACUACAAGCUCCUGAUCAUAGCUAAUAUUGGUCUAUUUAUACUAGCUAGAUACACAGACAUUUGCAUGGUCAACACAAUCAGCUGCUUUUACUAGUAUAUCAUACAUUUUGCUCUGAGGAUAACGGGGCCACAUGGUAUUGCAAGCCUGCAAGAGCAGAUCGAAAAGCUUGAAUGUAUCAUUUACACUAAGUCAGUAAACACGUUUAUGCUGCGUUUACACUUAAGCGUUUAAUGAGGUUUAAGGCUAUGUUUACAUCUGCCGAUCAGGCAAAAAUAUUUUUAUUACACGCAAAGUCCAAACUCCGGGCCAAAAAAAUGGAUGAAUCCGCAAUCUACUGCAAUUCCAGGAUCUGAAAAUCCGUUAAAAUCUCGCUUUAAGUCCGAAAUCAGGGUAAAAACAUUUUCAAAAUCCACCGAUCCGUUGGCCUGUACCGAAUAUCUUUGGCGCCGGCACGAAAAUCAUACCGGAGGGCUUCUAUUCAUACAUAAGAAUUGUGAUUUCGGCGCGAUUUCUGUAGCGGAGCGAAACUGCGCCGCGUCGAUCUCUAAAAUGGAGAGUCACAUAGACGAUAGGUGUUCAUACUACAGGGGCACCCAACGUAAAUUUUCGGAAAAUAUCUGAUAGGAAGACGAUUUGAGAUCUAGAAUUUUCGGAGCAUUUGUUGUAAAAUUUCUAACUUGCCUGCUUCUCCUGGGAUCUUCGAACAUCUAAAAAAAUGGUAUAAUUGCAAAUUUUUAACGGAUUUUUACCCUAAAAAGAUCACCUGGAAUUUUCGGGAGCCCUUUUUCUGGCUGAAACUUUCGAAAAUGUAAGUUUUGAUCCCUAUAAUUUUCUGAUCACUAGACUUUCAGCUAGGAAAUCCGAACAGAUGAAAAAUUUUUAGGGGAUAAAAAUAUGCCCAUAUCUACCGCUUAAAUACUAAAAUACGUUUAACAAUGCUAUGUUUAAGUGGUUUUGAACUAUAUUCUCGUUGGCCAGCCCUGAUACUAUACCGGUUGAGCUUGUGGCGGCACAAAAAGCUAUCCGGUAGAAAGUGAACUUAGCCUAAGACUUUGCUCAUACCACACAGGUUAGCUUUUGCGUCCCACGAAAAUCAUACCGGACAGUGCUUCUGUUCGCAUGGUUGUGGCGGCGCAGUUUUUGCGACAAAGCGAAGCUGCGCAGCGCCAAUCUCUAAAGCGGAGAGUCACAUAUCAGAUAGGUGUUCACACUAUUGUGGAUAGCCUUUGGUGGCGCAACGAUUAGCCUGCGAAAACAUCCGUUUCUCCUCGCUCUUCGCCACAGGCUACGCCACGAUCAGCUGUCCAGCAUAGUGUGAACGUACAUAACCUACGUUUACUGAGAAAUGAACCCUGGUUCAUUUACAAAGUGUUUAUACUGUCUGACAGUUUUGUUUAUGGUUUGUCUCGCAAUGGUUUGUUUUUGAUCACGAAGUUUCGUUUCCCUUAUUCGUCCACUGUUGUUUGAUAUAUCGUUUAUAAAAGGCUGUUCACUUUAACAGCGUCCUGAUUGUUAUAUUUAGUGAGUGGUGCAUUUCAGUCCUAGUCUUGAUUGAUAAAGUUUGACGAGAGAGAAUAAUAAUGGACGGAGAGCGAAACGCCCAGUCUAUCCCUUGGGAUAAGCGAAUUUCAUCAAAGUUAUCUUUAGACCAAUUAGAUGCUUGAAAUUAAUCGGAAGUUAAGUCUGCUAAUUAUAACGUUUAUUCAGUGUUUUCAAGAGAGAAUUCACCAUUCGUUAUUACAGUAUUAUGUAUUUUUCGAUUUGAGGCAGUCGCGGGUGGGCCUGGGCGCGUGACGUUCCAAAAAAGUGAUUUAAAUCUGCGGACGUCUCAGGAAUUAGACUUCCGUUUAAUUUCAAUCUCUAAAAAUAACUUAUAAAAGUGAAAUUCACAUAUCCCGGCCAACGCCCUAAGAUUCCAUCUUUGUCUCAUUAUUCACUCUUGUAUUUUAUUAUGCAUAGCCCGAAACCUUCACUUUUUAUAGCAGAUAAAAAAAAACAAACAAACAAACUUGAUCCGGUUAAUGUCCAUUAACAUACAAAGAACCCCGAGAAUCAAGAACGGAAGUGACAUUGUCAGUGGCGAGGUUUCAGUUUUUUCUAACAAGAUUCGCCUCUGUUGCCACUUUGUUGCAGAUGAAAUAGCCGCAGAAGAAAGAAACGAGUAUUGCCAAAGUAAGACAAAAGCUGGUUGCACUGCUCCCGUGUAUGCCUUGUUUGAUGGCGAACCAUCUGAUCGCUCUAAGAGAUGGCGUUGCUACUUCUCAGAAGCGGUAACAGUGAAUGGUAUGGGACAAGUGGAGUAUGACACUUCCACAAAUUCCAAUUGUUACGUGACAAUAGAAGACGUUGAUUUUUUUGACAUAAUAUGA